AUGGACGUGUGUAGCGAGAACAGCGCGACUCCCGCGGAUGGACCGUCAAGAGUGAAGCUUCAACUCCCAGCUAGCUGUGAUCCACCACAACUUGACGGCGAGAGGAAGCAGUUGGUCUGGGUUGUAUUUGGUGGAACCGGCCACAUGGGUAGAUCUCUUGUCAAGUCCGCCUUGUCCAAAGGAGAUCUCGUCACUUCCGUGGGCCGUGUGUUCGAGACGACACCGGAGGAAAUGGUAGCACAGCAGGACAAUGAAAAUUGCUUGGGGAUGCUGUGUGACGUUCGAGCGAGAGACUCGGUAGCGCGGGUCAUUGAACGGACCUUGGAGCGGUUCCAGCGAUUUGACGUCGUAGCCAACUGUUCUGGCUAUGGCGUAAUUGGAGCAUGUGAGGACCAGGAUGAGCACGAAAUCCGCAAUCAGUUCGAGACGAACUUCAUGGGCACUUUGAACAUUAUCCAAGCCAGCCUACCUUACUUUCGCCAACAGAACGGCGGCCGCUACCUGAUUUUCAGCUCGACGUCAGGAGCUCUGGGUGUUCCAGGCCUCGGCCCCUAUUGUGCUACCAAAUACGCCGUCGAGGGACUCAUAGAAGCUAUGCUUUACGAGACAGACUCAUUCAACGUCAAGGCAACACUCGUAGAGCCGGGGUUCGUCAGAAGGGACGAGCCAGAUACCCUUGCAACACCGUUACCAACCUGGGGUCAUUUCCUCAUCAAACCUGCGAGCGAUGCCUACGCACAGGCAACAUCACCAGCGUUGCAUGCCAAAAGAAUGGUUCAGUGGCUCGGUGACCGGCAGCCGACAAGCGCCGUCAAGUGUGCGGAGCUCGUCUGGCAACUAGCUCAUUGCUCGUAUCCCCCGCUGCGGCUCCUUCUGGGGAGCUAUGCAAUAGAGAGUAUUCGUGAUAGGCUGCGGUCCGUCACCGAAGAAUUGGAGGAUUGGAAACAUCUAAAUUUCCCCGCUCCGCCUGAUGAAGGGGAGGGAAAGGAGGCGCAAGCAGAUCAAGAUGAAAGCAUGGCCGACUCUGGGCAGGAUGCGCCUGGCCAGGUAACUGCGUAG